AUGGCUGCCAGACAGACUGAGCCUGUCACCGUCAUCAGCCUCCGGAAGUUGAGCGUGGCUGCCGCAGAGCCACAGCCCAGAGAGGCCAAGACGUUCACCGUGGAAGACGCCGUGGAGACCAUCGGCUUCGGGCGCUUCCACAUUGCCCUGUUCCUGAUCAUGGGGAGCACCGGGGUGGCCGAGGCCAUGGAAAUCAUGUUAAUAGCUGUUGUGUCUCCUGUCAUCCGCUGUGAGUGGCAGCUGGAGAACUGGCAAGUGGCGUUGGUGACUACGAUGGUGUUUUUUGGCUACAUGGUCUUCAGCAUCCUCUUCGGUCUGCUGGCUGACAGAUACGGCCGCUGGAAGAUUCUGUUCAUCUCGUUCCUGUGGGGGGCCUACUUCUCCUUGCUGACCUCUUUCUCUCCCUCCUACGUCUGGUUUGUCUUCCUGCGGACCAUGGUGGGCUGUGGCGUGUCGGGCCAUGCGCAAGGGCUAAUCAUAAAGACCGAGUUUUUGCCCACAAAAUAUCGAGGUUUUAUGCUGCCUUUGUCUCAGGUCUUCUGGCUCGCUGGCUCCCUGCUCAUCAUCGGCCUGGCCUCGGUGCUCAUCCCCAUGCUCGGGUGGCGCUGGCUCAUCCGUGUCGCCUCCAUCCCUGGCAUCGUCCUCAUCAUGGCCUUCAAGUUUAUUCCUGAGUCUGCGCGCUUCAACGUCUCCACUGGGAACACCCAAGCUGCCCUGGCCACGCUGGAGCGCAUCGCCCGCAUGAACCGCUCGGUCAUGCCCGAGGGGAAGCUGGUGGAGCCCGUCCUGGAAAAGAGAGGAAGAUUUGCAGACUUACUGGAUGCUAAGUACUUACGGACCACGCUGCAGACCUGGGUCAUCUGGCUGGGGAUCUCUUUCGCCUACUAUGGGGUUAUCCUGGCCAGUGCGGAACUGUUGGAGCGGGACAUGGUCUGUGGUUCAAAGUCGGACUCGGAAGUUGUGGUGACUGGGGGGGACUCGGAGGAGAGCCAGCACCCCUGCCACUGCCACAUGUUCGCCCCCUCGGAUUACCAGACCAUGAUCAUCAGCACCGUUGGCGAAAUUGCUUUGAAUCCUUUAAAUAUCUUGGGCAUCAAUUUCCUGGGAAGACGGCUCAGCCUUUCGAUCACCAUGGGAUGCACAGCUCUAUUCUUCCUUCUCCUCAAUAUUUGCACGUCAAGUGCGGGCCUGAUUGGCUUCCUCUUCAUGCUGAGGGCCCUGGUGGCAGCAAACUUCAACACCAUCUACAUUUACACUGCUGAGGUCUACCCCACCACGAUGCGUGCUCUGGGGAUGGGAACCAGCGGCUCCCUGUGCCGCAUCGGAGCGAUGGUGGCGCCGUUCAUAUCCCAGGUUCUCAUGAGUGCUUCAUUUCUGGGAGCCCUGUGUCUUUUCUCAUCUGUCUGCGUUCUUUGUGCUGUUUCUGCAUUUACACUCCCCAUUGAGACCAAAGGACGGGCGCUACAGGAUUGUCAUCCUUUACCAACCCAGAGAAUGAAGGUACAGGACGCUGAGGAACUGUCUACCAACUAG